GGCUGAGGAGGGAGAAUCAUUUGGUCCAGCUACCUGUAUAUUUACUUUUACUGGAAGCUGGCAACCACAGCAAAAAAGGGAGAAUAGGACUGUUAACUUGGUGCGUGACCAGCUGUAUUUCAUCGUCAGUAACGACCGGUAAUACCAGAUGGAUGAUGUCUAACAGUUCAUCAUCGUCCGCCUCUUCGAUGGUGUGUCCCCUCCUCGACACCAUGCUGAAACACUCCCUGAACAACAACACGCGGGCCAACCUGUUUGUGGUGUGCUUGCACGGCUUCAUCUCCGUCUUGGGCAUCGUGGAGAACGCUCUGGUACUCUGGGUGGUCGGCUUCCGUCUGCGUCGCAGGACCGUGUCGUCCGUCUGGGUCCUUAACCUAGCCCUGUCGGACUUCCUGACCACCCUGACGCUGCCUCUCUUCACCCAUUACUUGCACUCCUUACACAGCUGGGAGCUGGGAGGUCCGCUGUGUUCGGCCCAGUCCUCGGUGUUCUACCUCAACCUGUUCGUUUCUGCUUUUCUGCUGGCGGCCAUUUCUCUGGACCGCUGUCUGCUGGUGGCCAUGCCGGUCUGGAGCCAGAACCACCGCUCUGUCAGCGGCGCCUGGAAGGUGUGUUUGUUGGGCUGGCUGUGGGCGGCGGCUAACACCUUCCCCUACUUCCUUUUCCGGGCCGUGACGGAGAAGCAGGACCACAGGAAGUUGUGCUACCACCAUUUUGGAUUGUACUCCUCGCCGGAAACGCUGGCCCAGGACUGCAGGACACGGCAGAUGGCGACCGCCGUUUCCAAGGCGAUUCUGGCGUUCCUCCUCCCGUUAGGGGUGAUCGCGGGGAGCUACGCUGUCUUCUGCCUCAGCCUGAGCAAGAGGCGGAAGAGGAGGACGAAGGAGAACACGGUUAGACUGACGGGUGCUUUGACCAACAGGGAUUCUAGGGACAGAAAACCCAACCCUCCUGAUAAAACCAAGCCUCCCUCCAUGCAACCGUCUUCCAAACCGACGGAGCCUGGCCUGUCCCACAGCUUCACCAAGAUGGUGACGUCUGUCAUCGCGGCGUUUGCCCUUUGCUGGGCGCCCUAUCACUUGUUCUGCCUCAUCGAAGCCGAUGCUCAGGAAUCGGACAGACUGGUUCAGUUGGUGGAGGUGGGGUUGCCCAUAGCGACGACCUUUGCCUUCCUGAACUCUGUGCUGAACCCGGUGCUGUACGCGUUCAGCUGUCCGAACUUCUGCGUCCGGAUCCGACAGAGCCUCGGGGCGCUGAUGGAUGGACUGGUCGAGGAGGGAGGUGCGGGAGGAGCAGGAGGAGCGGGAGGCGCUGGGCUGGGGCAGAGUAUCCGGAAUGGGAUGGGGAAGUGGAGGGGACUGGGGAGCAAGGAGGGGAACCAGUCGCCGUUGUCUCCAAAUUGUCGACCCAGUCUGGGGUCUCCAAGUGUCCAAAUGGACACUCACCCACCAUUGCUUCCAUCAAACACAUGUUCACAGAAAGGCAGUGAGACGCAGAACAAGAGGACACUGGAGGAGCUGCAGUGUGAACAUGACGGAGAACACGCCAGUGAACAUUGUUGAACUUCUCUCUGUUAUCCUCCCUGUACUUCUUUUGGUAUCAAAAUGGGCUGACGGUUCCACAACUACAGUCAGUAGCUAGGUUUACAACUUAUUGCAGAUUUUUACCUGAGUGGUGCGGAUGUUUUGACUCUUAACUCUUUUUGUUUUUUCUUUUAAGAAAUGACAUUCCUGCCAGUGGUCUGAGUUGAUUGGUUGUUUAUUCUGAUGAACGGAUAGAAAUGGGGCAUAUUAAAUGUGCGAAGACAAUGCUGACAAUGGAUGUGGCAAGACUGACACGGAUGUUGCAAACGCAGGCAUUUGACCUGUUUCUGUUGACCAAUGGUAAUUCUGCAUAACAGUUAGAAUGCAUCCAAAAUAUUACGCACAUUUCCUCACGUAACAAUGCAAACAUAUGACAUAAUGACCCUUUAAGAAAUGUUGGUACAUAAAAAAAUGCAAAUAAACACCAUUAACUACCAAACCAGGAAAUUAAAUACUUGCCUUCCUGGAGUUAACUUGGAAGUCAACAGCAAAUAAAAAAAAAAAAAGUUACAGGCACCAAAACACUUGUGUUGUGCAACAGCCAGGCUAGAAUGUGGCAAGUGAUGAGUGAAAAGCCUGGUUAGAUGGAAAUCAACCAGUCUGACUCAGGUCUUUGUAACACUGGUUUCCCAUGGCUGACUAAAGUCUUUAUGACACAGCUUUUCCUGACAAACAAUUAUAAUCUUUAAGGGCAAUGUGUGUUGGGUAAGGGAUUUGCCUUUUGAGGCAUGUGAGCUUGGCAUGUAAAGUAACCUUAUCAAUUGACCGAUAAUUUCUCCAAUAUGACAGUUACAUUUUAGUUAUUUCAAAAAAAUAACUUUGUUCUUCUCCAAAUGUCACGGAAUGCAAUUUCAAUGUGAUUUAUCACCUAGCAAUCUUAAAAGAUGUUUUGGCCACAAGGUACUGAUAGCUGAUCGGGUUUUGGGUGGUGUGUGUUUGCCAAUUUCUAUAAUUUAUUUACCAUCAUACAGUAUUUCGGGCUGAGUAAUAUGUUGUUAAAAUUGCACUAAAUCCAAACUAAGAUUCACUAUAUGCUCAUGUAAAGGUGUUUCCUAGGCCAUUUCUUGCAACACUAACUUUAUUGAGACACAAGGAACCUACCUUAUGUCACGAGGACCCCACCUUAUGUCACGAGGACCCCACUUUAUGUCACAAGGACCCCACCUGAUUUCUGACGAAACAUUGGCAACAGUUGUGAAACUGUUCCAAAAAUGUCUUCUAUCAACUGGGUCCUUACUUUUUUAUGUGUCAGUUACUUAUCUGCACUCAAGGCAGGGUCGAAAAUGUGUUUACUCUGUUUAGUUAUCUAUACACAUUUACAUUUGUUACUGUUUUGUGAUGAUAACACCUGAGGGUGUUUAACGAUUUUUUUUUAAAGACAAAUUGUAUUGGUACAUUCUUUGGGGGAUUUGUGUUCUUGAGCCAUUAUGUGGUGUUAUCCUAUCUAAUAAACAACA